AAACACAAUAUUCGUGUACCGUCCGCACUCCAGACGUGUGCCUCGCCGUCCAGGGCGACCAGCGAGAUCAUGUCGACGCGCGGGUCGGCGGCCGAAUCGCACUGAAGUCGGACGCCGGUCGGUAAUUUGUUUACGGAGCCGCCGCAGAAAUCGUCGCCGCCGAAUCCGCUGCCAACAACGCAACAGGUAAUGCCGAAGAACUUGCCGAAUUCCUUCGCAGUCGCCUCUCAAUCUCUGCCGACUUUUGGGUUUUCCUUUCACUCUUUGCGGGUUCAACCCUGAGUGUGUUGAACUUUUCGGCAAGAAGGGGUUUGGGGGGAGACCGACCUACUGAGACGGGGCUGCCGACACUUUUCCAGGCUGCUCGGCGUGUGGUUGAUGCCCGUAGGUGUAGUUUUGCCACUUACGGCUGCCAACGCAGCUGCAGUGGCAAAUAGAGGUGCAAUUGCAAUCAGGUUCGAAAGACCAGAUUGCACCUCUGCAGCUGCGCCCAUGGAAUACUACCAGCAACAGCAACUCCAGCAGCCACCCCAGCCAGUUCCCGCCCCGAACUACCCCGCAACCCCUGCCCAGAAUGCAUAUGACCCGUACAGCGCCAACACCUCCACAGACAACUACAUCCAGUACCCGACGGCGCACAUGUUCCAGCAACACACAACAACCGAGGUGACCACCACCGCCACCCUCGGCUACUCGUCUGAUCCCGUCACAAAAGCAGUGAUGGACAACAUUUUCGGCAAACUUCCUACCAAGAAAAACCAGCUGCUUUAUCGAUGUGACACAUGCAAUAUGGACUUCUCGGGACAGAGUGUACUGGACAUGCAUUUAACGGGCGCCAAACAUGCCAAAAAGGUCAAAUCUCUGCAAAUUCUCAACGAUCUCUCCGCGUCCGGUCAGUUGACCGCCAAGGGCAGCACCACCUUGAGAUGUGACGCGUGCGGAAUCGAAGCCAACUCUUCGCAACAACUGCAAACCCACCUUUCUGGCAACAAACACAAACAGAGAAUGGCAAAGUUGGUCAACAGCCAGAACCUGCCAAUGCCUGUCCCGGCGCCAGUCCAACCUCUCAUGACGUCUAGCCAGAUAGAUUCUGCCCUGAUGCCACCCCCGCCACCUCCACCCCAAUUACCCUACCCUGGAGAACCGGUUGUUCCUGGCGAGGAAUCGCCAGCCAGCUUGAGAAAUUAUUUCUGUGACGUAUGUGAAUUGAAUCUGAACUCGGCGCAGCAACUCUCACAGCAUCAGGAGUCUCGGAAACACAAAGAGAAAGCAACUGGUCGGUUGCGGCACAGCCCUUACGGAAGCAGCUCGAACCGCUUCAAACAAAAUUCCAAGCGCAAGAAGAAGAAAAAGAGCAACCCGCUGGCUUACUUGACACCGUUGAGCUCUAGCUUUGUGCGCGGCGACAUGCUCUGAAUUGGCAGGGAGGAAAAAUAGAAAAAAAGACUUGUCGUUUGAAUCAUCUGAAACUAUACUUUUGUUGCAUUUUUUGUACCUUGCGUUUCCUGCGGAGAAGCCACGCGCUCACGGAAGAUCGGCUGUUCAAUAGUAUUUUAAAAGCGAUUUGAAAGAAAUCACGCCAAAUUUACUCUGUUUUAAGUGGCUUGUAAAGCACCGUUGCUAAAUGAAGAGAGUUAAUAAUGUAGGUCACUUGAAAUGAAAAAUAAAGCAUCAAACAGGAGAAUGAAUACAAAAUCAUUUAUAUU